CAUCCUCACGUCGAAGCGUCAAAUUUGCUACGAAACCGCAAACUAAAGAAAUACUCAACGCAUGUGACAUUAGAGCAAUGUUUGAACUCGACUUUUGCGAGAGAGAGCAAACGAGCGUCUCACUCUCUCAGGARGAUAGGAAGUUCCUUAAUAUCGUCGAAAACGGCAUUAACUACCUUCCCGAUGGUCACUAUGAAAUGCCGUUACCUACCAAGGAUGAUAAGUUCGUACUGCCAAAUAACCGUUCGAUGGCCUACGUUCGCUUGAAGUCCCUCAAGAAACGAUUCGCAGCUGAUGAGUUAUACCGCUCACGCUACAUAGAAUUCAUGAAUUCCAUGCUAGAUAAGGGCUACGCUGAGUUAGCACCUGAAACCAACGAAAGCAACUCGCAGAAAGUGUGGUAUAUUCCCCACCAUGGAGUAUACCACCCAAAGAAGCCUGACAAACUCAGGGUAGUUUUCGAUUGCUCGGCUUGCUAUGAAGGAGAGUCACUGAACAACCACCUGCUGCAAGGGCCUGAUCUGACGAACAGCUUGACGRGUGUCCUAUACAGAUUUCGACAAGAAACCGUUGCAAUAAUGUGCGACAUCGAAGCAAUGUUCUAUCAAGUAAAGGUCCCAGAGAGUUGCAGAGAUCUGCUGCGGUUCUUGUGGUGGGAGAAUGGCGAUACUUCUCGUGAGCCUAAGGAGUAUCGGAUGACAGUGCACCUGUUCGGCGCGACCUCGUCACCAGGUUGUGCGAACUUUGCCCUCAAGACCACAGCUGAUGACAACGAAGGCAGCCUCGGAACAGAAGCAGCAGAGUUCGUGCGCCGUAACUUCUACGUUGAUGACGGCUUGAAAUCGGUACCAUCAGUAGACAAAGCGUUUGAACUCGUGAGCGACGUAAAGGAGAUGUGCAAACGCGGUGGAUUCAACCUUCACAAGUUCACAUCGAAUAGCAAAGCCUUGCUUGAAAAAAUCCCUGAGUCUGACAGAGCAAAAGAUGUGAAGGACUUAGAGCUGAAUCAAAAAACGAUGGAACGUGCACUUGGGGUGCAGUGGUGUACAAAAUCAGACGCAUUCAAGUUCGUAAUCUCCUUGAAAGAUCGUCCAUCCACAAGGCGCGGCAUCCUCUCUACAGUGAGUUCCAUUUACGAUCCUCUAGGCUUYCUCGCCCCAGUUGUGUUAGAAGGCAAGUCGCUACUACAAGACCUAUGCCGUCUCGACAUCGGUUGGGAUGAUCCAAUUCCUGACGACAUGGUCGAUAGAUGGCGUAAAUGGAGAUCUCAACUUCCACAUCUGGAAAGUUUUACAAUACCACGCUGCUACAAACCAGAAGACUUCGGUGAAGUAAUCAAGGCAGAACUGCACCACUUCUCCGAUGCAAGCUUCAAAGGCUACAGUCAGUGCAGCUACCUCAGACUAGUCAACAACUCUGGUAGAGUCCAUUGUUCUUUCUUGGCGGGAAAGGCACGAGUCACCCCCUUAAAGAAGUUAACGGUCCCUCGUCUAGAGCUGACCGCAGCUGUCGUAUCGGUUCGUGUGAGUGAACAGUUAAGGCGCGAGCUAGACAUCGAAAUAACAAAGGAAGUUUUCUGGACCGAUAGUAAAGUUGUUCUCGGUUACAUUGCAAAUGCAGUCAGACGGUUUCAUAUAUUCGUAGCUAACCGUGUGCAAGAAAUCCAAGACAAGUCCUCGGUGGACCAAUGGAUGUACGUCGACACCAAGAAUAACCCAGCAGAUGAAGGGUCUAGAGGCCUACGUGCAGAUCAGCUCAAAGAUUCGAAAUGGUUGUCAGGACCAGCCUUUCUGUGGAAAACUGAUGAAGAGCAAGAAGCACCAACCUCACAACCAUAUGAUCUACAAGAAAAUGAUCCAGAGAUCAAGAAAUCAGCAAGCGUAGCAACCACGUCAACAGAACYAGCAAAGUCAGUAACUACUCUCGAAGAUGAUGCUCAACGCCAUUCCAGCUGGUUUCGUGUUAAGCGAGUAAUGGCCCUGUGCAUAAAGUUUAUUCAAAGGCUCCGCAACGCAGUGAAAGGGAGACAAUCGGACAUAAAGCCUACUGAGGUGAAUGUCAGUGACCUAGAGGUGACAGAAAUCCAGAUUAUAAAGGCAGUUCAAGCAAACCAUUUCAACGAUGAAAUAACACAACUGAAAUCAAGUAAAGAUGCUCAAGAUUCAAAACAAUCAAACUCGCAAGGCCCACUUCGCAAGCUAGACCCGUUUAUCGACUCUCAUGGAUUGCUGCGUGUCGGAGGACGCCUCCGACAUUCAAGUCUAACAGACAAGGUUAAAUUUCCAGUCAUUCUUCCUGGUCGAAGCCACGUGACCACACUAAUCGUACGUCAUUUCCAUAACCAAGUCAAGCAUCAGGGUCGCARCCUUACUCUGAGCGAGAUCCGUGCAAAUGGAUACUGGGUAGUUGGUGGCUCAAGAGUUGUUGCUACCGCAAUCGAAAACUGCGUAAUGUGCAACAGACUCCGAGCUAAAGUACAAGAGCAAAAGAUGGCCGAUCUUCCCGAAGAUCGUCUAGAGCCAGCACCACCAUUCACCAACUGUGCUGUGGACUAUUUCGGUCCCUUUAUCAUCAAGGAAAAGCGCAAAGAAAUGAAAAGAUACGGCGUUCUAUUCACGUGUCUUGCAUCCAGAGCAGUCCACCUUGAAGUAGCUAACACCCUGGAAACCGAUUCCUUUAUCAAUGCUUUCCGACGAUUCGUAAGCCGUAGAGGUCCAGUCAGAAUGCUGAGAUGCGACCAAGGAACUAACUUCGUGGGAGCACGACGCGAACUCGCAGCAGCCCUAGCAGAAAUGGACCAGUCAAAGGUCAAAGAGCAGCUCAUGAAGAACAACUGCGACUGGUUCACCUUCAAGAUGAACGUCCCUGCAGCAAGCCACAUGGGCGGUGUAUGGGAGCGGCAGAUACGGACGGUUCGCAACGUGUUAUCAGCCAUCCUACAAGCCAACAGUGAGCAACUGAAUGACGAGUCACUUCGGACUUUCAUGUGYGAGGURGAAGCGAUUGUUAAUUGUCGACCAUUAACAGUGGACAAUUUGAAUGAUCCAGACUCCCUCGAGCCCUUAUCGCCAAGCCAACUACUGACCAUGAAGACCAAAGUACUCAUGGCCCCACCUGGUGUGUAUCAGCCUGCAGAUCAGUAUUCAAGAAAGUGGUGGAGGCGUGUCCAGCACCUGGCCAACGAGUUCUGGAGUAGGUGGAGAAAAGAAUUUCUCCUCUCACUCCAAACACGUCAAAAAUGGACAAGGCCCCGUCGCGAAAUGCAAGUUAACGACAUCGUCAUCAUCAAAGACGAAAACCUGCCCCGCAGUUYAUGGUUACUAGGUCGUGUUAUGUGCGUUAACCGGAGUCAUGACGGACGAGUACGCUCAGCAAAGGUGUCCCUCGCUGAAAGGGAUCGUGACAGCAAAGGAAAGCGGAUCAGCCAACCUCGAUGCUUGGAACGUCCUGUCCAGAAACUGGUAGUUCUCCUUAAACAAGACUGUAACUAGAACGCUGAGACCGGGUAAUUCCCCGUCGAGGAGCCAUACGAUAAGUACCCGUAGAUAGUUUAGUCAGAACGUUAUGAACAAUGAACAUUGCAUGUCCCUAUUGUGAAAUGUAAACAUUUCAGGGGAGCCAUGUAAAGGAAGGCUUAUCAGCCCCGCCCACGAACACUUUAUUUUUGUAUCUAUUAUUAGUUACGUCAUAUCCUUAACGUUUCACUUA